GUUCGCGAAUUGAUCCUACCCUGGCCCGGUUACCCGGAACCCGUGUCGGCGGCCAAUGGAAAAACCGAUUCAGAGAUCAAGACCUCGGACAGCACACAACCGCGACGCAGAUCAUACGCCGGUAGACGACGUGCUCUGGCCGAUUUAGGNNUCGCAGAUCGGGACCGGGACACGACACGAUUGCCCUGUCUAUUCAAAAUUGACGACAAUAGUCCGGCAAAACGGGCCGGACUGCGGCGAGGUCAAUUGCUCCUGCGCAUUGGCACUCACGAGAUUGCUGACUUGUUUCGCGCUGCCCUGUGUGCUUCCUCCAACGCGGUGAAGUGUGAAACUGGUGCCCUCCUGUCUACCCCGUUCACUCUGGCCUGUCCCAGUGUGCACCCGGAAGCACAUUUGGCUGCCGAUUUGCUCAACCUGAUUCGACAACUCCGAUUUGCGCAUGACAUUGUGUUUGCUGUCGGUGGUCUGAUUGACACGGAUCAGAAAGGUGUCAGACGACGCACCAGUCAGACUCCUGCUGUUUCAUCCAGUCCCCUGAACAACCGUAUCAGUUUUCCGUAUCUACGAAAACCCAUCACUCCGGGCAGAACUGCUGCGACGGAACCACGAUCUCCGUCCGAUCUCCGUCGUGAUUCACAUUACAUGGAAAAUGCGAACGGAACUACGGUAAACCAGUCUAUCAAUGGAAACACGGCAAUUGUCCACACUCCUAGACGUCUACCAAUCAGUGCAGGAAACAACAAGGGAGCAGAAAUCAGUUCCCGUGAUACAGGUCCAUCGCUUUGGACGGAUCAGCUUAGGCCACGUCCAAAUAUUAUGACAUCACAAGGCAUAGUCACCAUGGAAGACAACAACAGCAACAACAAUCACCACGUGAGGACAACAUCGUCAUGGUCUAAGCGAACAGCUCCUCGGUUAGGCUACACGCAUGCGGAACAAUCGUCGUUUGCUGCCUCUUCAUCUCAACGCUUCCAUUCUGAUUCAACCGGGGAUACAAUGCAACCGAUCAGGUGGUCUUUCGGUGCCCGAUCCAUCUCCGGGGAUUGGACUGAGGUAGUUGAACCGGCCGAACCCGAUCCAGACGGUCCCCUUGUGCGGUCCGGAAAAGGUAGACAUACGGACGGGAAUUUGAACAAACAAUCCGUAGACGGUGAACGGGUGAGAAUUGACUUUCUAGUGUUUUAA